CUCCUGGCUCGUGGAACUAUCUCCUGAGCGCUGCAAGUUGUAGCGGGCACCGCUGGGCGUGUUUCCCUUUGGGGCACUUCUUAUCCAGCAGCUGACUUUAGUUUCUUCUGCACUGAGCCACUUCGCCCCCUUACACCCUGUCCUGAAUAAGGGAGAAGCUGCAGAGCAUCAACCGAGCCUGGAUGAGCCAGCGCCGCGGAGCCGCUGAGCAGUCUCCCCUCGGGAACCAGCUCCGGAGCCGCAAGCAUGCACCCUGGGUUGUGGCUGCUCCUGCUUUCCUUGUGCUUGCCCAAAAAACUGGCAGAAGCGGGAGAGAAGAAGUCCUAUGUAAAGCCAUGUGGGGGCCAAGACUGCAGUGGAGGCUGUAAAUGCUCUCCAGAGAAGGGAGCGAGAGGACACCCUGGACUGAUUGGAACUCAAGGUCCAACAGGUCCUGAAGGAUUUGCUGGCCCUGCUGGUUUAUCAGGGUUGAAAGGAGACAGGGGUGCCCCUGGCCCUCUGGGGCCAUAUGGACCAAAAGGAGAUAAGGGUCCUAUGGGAGUUCCUGGCUUUCUUGGUAUCAAUGGGAUUCCAGGACACCCAGGACAGCCAGGCCCCAGGGGACCACCAGGCCAAGAUGGCUGUAAUGGAACUCAAGGAGCUGUUGGAUUUCCAGGCCCUGAUGGUUAUCCUGGAAUUAUUGGAUCACCUGGCCCACAUGGUCACAAGGGAGCAAAAGGAGAUCCUGCUCCUGUUCAAGGCAGCAUUAUAGGAAUGAAGGGAGAGCCUGGGCUGCCUGGACUAGAUGGAACCACUGGUCCGUCAGGAUCCCCUGGAUCUCCUGGUAUUGCUGGACCCAUAGGACCACCAGGAUUACAAGGCUCUCCAGGUCCCCCUGGACUCCCCGGUCCUGAUGGAAAUAUGGGAUUAGGUUUCCAAGGAGAAAAAGGAACUAAGGGGGAUGUUGGACUCCCUGGCCCUGCAGGACCUCCACCAUCUACUGGGGAACUAGAAUUUAUGGGAUUUCCCAAAGGGAAAAAAGGAUCCAAGGGUGAACCAGGGCCUCCAGGUCUCCCAGGCAUGACUGUCCUUCCUGGCUUCCCGGAAUAUGAAUUUAUUGGAGAAAAAGGAGAAAAGGGAAUCCUUGGUUUGCCUGGACCUAGGGGUCCUAUUGGUUCAGAAGGAAUGCAAGGUCAUCCAGGAAGACAGGGAAUGAAGGGGUCCCCAGGAUUUCCUGGGCUUAGCGGGUUCCCAGGAACUAAGGGUGAACAGGGUGGCAUUGGUCUUCCAGGCCCAGACAUUUUCACUGAUGCAGAUGGUGCUGUGAUCUCAGGUUAUCCUGGAGACCCUGGUUUACCAGGCCUCCCAGGCAUUAGAGGAGAUGGAGGCACCCAGGGCCAGCGUGGCCCUCCUGGUAUCCCUGGCAUCCCAGCCUUAACAGGUCUUCCAGGUACUCUUGGACCUCGGGGAUUUCCAGGCCUGAAGGGAAACCAAGGAAACCCAGGCCUCACCACCAUUGGGAAAAAUGGCCUGCCUGGCAGAGUUGGCUUACCAGGCUUGCCAGGCCCGCCAGGCCCAUCAGGCUUACCUAAUGCUUCACUCGAAACUAGACUCCUGCCCAUCAGAAAGCCUGGGUUCCCUGGUCUCCGAGGUGAACAAGGUCCAAAAGGAAACCCAGGCUUCAAAGGAAUAAAAGGGGACGCUGGGUUUUGUGCUUGUGAUGGUGGUGUUCCCAACACUGGACCACCUGGAGAACCAGGCCUGCCUGGGCCACAAGGUCUCAUUGGCCUCCCAGGCCUUAAAGGAACCAGAGGAGAUCCAGGCACUGAGGGUACACCUGGCCCAGCGGGGACUCCAGGGUUAUUUGGACCUCCAGGUCAUGUAGGCCCCAAAGGAAAGAAAGGUGAAUCAAAUGUCAGUAGAGGAUCUGGACUAUCAGGAGACAAAGGUGAUCGUGGCCCUCAGGGUUUCCCUGGUAUAGCAGGAGCCCCAGGCAAGGAUGGAGUACCAGGUUUGCCAGGCUUGCCAGGCCCUAAGGGAGACAGUGGAUCUGGCUUCCCAGGUGAAAAGGGGUCACCUGGACUUCCUGGUGAAAAGGGCCGUGAUGGACCAACUGGCCCCCCAGGCAUUGGGCUGCCCGGACUUCCUGGAUCUCGUGGACUUCCUGGAGAUAAAGGAAUAGAUGGGUUACCAGGGCAACAAGGCCUCCGUGGAGCUCCAGGUGAUUGCUGCUGCAGGGAAAACAUUGGUAAAGAAGACCUAGGCACAGAGGGAGGAGUCACCUUGCCUUGUGUUAUUCCUGGAUCAUAUGGUCCAUCAGGAUUUCCUGGAGUACCUGGAUUCCCAGGUCCUAAAGGUACCCGUGGCCUCCCUGGGAUUCCAGGUAAGCCUGGGACACAUGGAAAUAAAGGAGAACGUGGAAGUCCAGGAUUACUUGGUCUCCAAGAACUGCCAGGAUUUCCUGGACCUCGUGGGGACAAGGGUUUGCCUGGAUUUCCUGGGCUUCCUGGAAAAGAUGGCUUACCUGGGAAGGCUGGCAGUACAGGUUUACCAGGUUCCAAGGGAGCCUCUGGUGACAUCUUUGGUGCCAAAAAUGGUGCUUCAGGCGAGCAAGGCCUACAGGGAUUGCCAGGGGACAGAGGAUUUCCUGGAGAUUCUGGCCUUCCAGGACCCACUGGUUUAAAUGGAAAGCCUGGCUUGCUAGGCCCCAAAGGUGAGCAGGGCAGUUCUGGAGCAUCAGGACCAAUUGGACAGCCAGGACCCCCAGGUUCUGGUGAUCCAUUCGGCAUCAAGGGCAAAUCUGGCCUUCCGGGAGCACCAGGCCUUCGAGGCACUUCAGGACAUCCUGGAAAGAAGGGCCCAAGAGGAGAGACAGGUCAGCCUGGAUCAGCUGGGAAACAAGGUCCACCUGGGAUAAAAGGCCUUCCUGGAUCUCCAGGGCCAGCUGGCUUCCUUGGGAGCCCAGGCUUGCCAGGGGUCACUGGGUUGCCAGGCCUUCUGGGACAAAAGGGUGAAAAAGGAUCCUUUGGACAAGUAGGUUUUCCUGGGCUGCCAGGUCUUCCUGGUAUUCCUGGGGCAAAUGGAUUAAAGGGAAUUUUUGGAUCAUUUGGAAAGGUGGGACAACCCGGACAGGCUGGUAGUCGUGGUGAAAAAGGAGACAGAGGCGAUCCAGGACCAGUUGGAACACCCAGCCUAAGACCUCCAAUGUUGGAUCUUUGGUUUAAAGGAGACAAAGGUUCUCAAGGCCCAGUUGGACCAGAUGGAUUUCCUGGACCAAGAGGUGAUAAAGGAGAGGCUGGUAUCCCAGGGCCACCAGGUCCACCUGGAGUUCCUGGACAGUCCAGUGCCAUCAAAGGACUUAAUGGAAGGCCAGGCUCGCCUGGCUCCAUAGGACGACAGGGCUUACCUGGCCUGAAGGGUUCCCUGGGGAUCACAGGUUUCCCAGGAAUGCCAGGAGAAAGGGGUCCACGGGGUUUCCUUGGGGCUCCCGGACUCCCAGGAGCAUUUGGUCUCCCAGGCUUAAAAGGAGAUCAGGGCCAGACUCUUGAACUUUCUGGUAUCCCAGGACCCAAGGGACCACCUGGUGAACCAGGUUUUAAAGGUGUGAAAGGAAAAGAUGGACUAGUCGGUGAUCCAGGUUAUCCAGGAAAUAAAGGUGAAAGUGGAAACGCUGGUCUUGCUGGAGAUCCUGGCCUUCCUGGCUCUGCAGGACUUCAAGGAAUUUUAGGUAUGAGAGGAGACCCAGGCCUCCCAGGCUCCUCUGGUCAUCCAGGGUCAGCUGGUGCCCCCGGACCCUCUGGAUUAAUGGGACCUAAAGGCUUCUCUGGGCCCCUUGGCUUACAUGGACUAAAUGGACUUCCAGGUACCAAGGGUACCCUUGGCACUCCAGGAGCCAGUGUCACUGGUGUACCUGGUCCUGCUGGCCUGCCUGGUCCCAAAGGGGAAAAGGGCACAGCAGGAAUUGUCACUGGAGAGCCAGGAAAACCAGGCUCGAGAGGACAAAAAGGUAGCCGAGGGAUCCCAGGCCUCCAAGGCCAUGCUGGUCCCCCUGGUAUCCCAGGCAUCUCCUUUCCCUCAUUCAUAGCAGGACAGCCUGGUGACCCUGGACAGCCAGGCCUAGAUGGAGAACGAGGCCGCCCAGGCAAACAAGGGCCCCCAGGUCCUCCUGGGCCAUCCUCAGAUCAAGGUGAACCUGGAGACCCUGGCUUCCCUGGAAUUCCAGGUCUUCAAGGGCCCAAGGGAGACCAAGGACUUCCAGGUUUCUCUGGCCUCCCUGGAGAGCUAGGGCUGAAAGGCAUGAGAGGGGAGCCUGGCUUCAUGGGUACUCCAGGCAAGGUUGGGCCACCAGGAGACCCAGGAUCUCCUGGGAUGAAGGGAAAGGCAGGUCCAAGAGGCUUUCCUGGCCUCCAGGGUGCUCCUGGAAAAACACCAAUUGCUGAAGCUGUCCAGGUUCCUCCUGGACCCUUGGGCCUGCCAGGGUUCGAUGGUAUCCCUGGCCUUACAGGGGACCCUGGGGUCCAAGGACCUAUGGGUCUGCAAGGCUCCAAAGGUCUACCUGGAAUUCCUGGCAAGGAUGGCCCCAGUGGGCAUCCAGGCCCACCUGGGACCCUUGGUGAUCCUGGUCUCCCUGGACUGCAAGGCCCUCCAGGAUUUGAAGGAGCUCCAGGGCAGCAGGGCCCUUUUGGGAGGCCUGGGAUGCCUGGGCACAGUGUAAGAGUGGGCUACACAUUGGUGAAACACAGUCAAUCGGAACAGGUGCCUCUGUGCCCCAUCGGAAUGAGCCAGCUGUGGGUGGGUUACAGCUUGCUGUUUGUGGAGGGGCAGGAAAAAGCCCACAACCAGGACCUGGGGUUUGCUGGCUCCUGCCUGCCCCGCUUCAGCACCAUGCCUUUCAUCUACUGCAACAUCAACGAAGUGUGCCACUAUGCCAGGCGCAAUGACAAAUCCUACUGGCUCUCUACUACUGCCCCCAUUCCCAUGAUGCCUGUGGGCAAGACCCAGAUUCCCCAGUACAUCAGCCGCUGCUCUGUAUGUGAGGCUCCCUCACAAGCCAUUGCUGUGCACAGCCAGGACAUCACCAUCCCACAGUGCCCUCUGGGUUGGCGCAGCCUCUGGAUUGGUUACUCUUUCCUCAUGCACACUGCAGCUGGGGCCGAGGGAGGAGGCCAGUCUCUGGUUUCCCCUGGCUCCUGCCUUGAGGACUUCCGGGCCACUCCUUUCAUCGAGUGCAGCGGUGCUCGAGGUACCUGCCACUACUUUGCCAACAAGUACAGUUUCUGGCUGACAACAGUGGAGGAGAGGCAGCAGUUUAGGGAAGAUCCUGUGUCUGAGACACUGAAAGCUGGACAGCUGCACACCCGAGUGAGCCGCUGCCAGGUGUGUAUGAAAAGCCUGUAGGGUGGUGCCUGCCACACUACCCCUUGCUCUCCCUGGCCCCUCACAACAGUCACCUCAUAAAUAUGAGCAGUCUAAGGAAGGAAGGCCCAAGCCCAUUUGCCUAUCUGCCAAGUUGUACAUGAGGUCUCAUUUGGAUUGGACUACUGGACAUUGGUCACUCUAACCCCUAAGCCCAACAGAUGAGCCCCACUGUGUCAGGAUAAGAUACUUGUUUCCAUCAACGUGGUGCUACUGUUCCAUUUUGCAUAUUUGCAUGCUUAUUGAUGGCUACCCCAGAAAGAGUUUCUGGUAUGCCAUUUUCUUAGACUUAGCUCUUUUCACUGCCUUCAUCAGAUAAUGAACUAAUUAUAGCCAAUAAGUGAGUUACAAUCAGAGGUGACCAUAUAUAAUUAACUUAAGCUACAACUGAGGAUUAUGAGUAGCUCAAGUCUAUUUAGGGCAAGCCCUCACUAUUCACGGUGGCCUACCAUGCCUAGACAGGCAGUAGAAUUGGAAUGAGAUGCCAGCCUAUAGCCAGACUUUUGUUCUCAAUCCUUCCAGUAUGAGCAAGACAACAUCCCAUCUUGUCAGGGAAGCUUGAAGGCCAGCAUCUGAGAGGGCCUUAUUAACUUCACAUGGUCUUAGACAAGUCACUUUCUCCUGGACACCUCCCUCCCCCCACUCCAGCCAAAGACAGGACUUGGCUCUGUCCAGAGUAGAGCAGAGAAUGUAACAAAUGUGACUAAGCUUAUAAAAGGAAAUGAGAACCAGAACCACAUCCCUUUUUCCUUGGCCUAGGGUAGAAGGGUGAAUAGGUAAGGAGGUGUGAAUUUUGCUUUUGACUCCAGGGACAAAAAGAUGAAUCCCAUGCCCCACUUCCCAGAUGUCACUGUUUAUUCUAAAUACCAUCCAGAUGUGCACAAUGUGGCAUGGUGAUGAGGCAGUGUGUUAAUUCCUUACAUUCUUAGGCUAUUAGAGACUUUCCACUAAAAUGGCCAUCCAAAUGCUCUUUUACAGGUAGCCUUUUAAACUCUUAAUAUGCUUUCGAAGCCUCAUAAAACAGCAGACCUAAAGAAUAGCCUGAGUUGGCUAGGAACUAUAUUGUAUUCUAUUUGUGGCAGUUUGUUUUAAUUACCAAUUUCCAAGAACACUCUUAGCUAUGUUGCCAUGAAGCACUUCCUUCCAUUUGAUUCUUCUUCUUUAAGUAUUAUGUAAGCUGUGCCAACACAGACAAAAGCAUAAGCAGUGUAAUCUGAACUAUUGUCAGUGCAUGGUGUCAACUUUGUACAUAGCAAAUAAAAUGAAUGAAAUCUGAA